AUGCAUGUAAUCUGACAUCAGUUGGUAAUAUAAUGGAUUUUGUGAAUAAUCAAAUGAGAGUUAGUAGUGAGAAUUCAUUAGAUAGUGUAGUAUCAGAUCAUUCUACAACUCUAUUAAUUGAGGAUAUUGUUGAUUUGACAGUUGGAAACAAUUAUGAACAUUCGGCAAGGACGGCCCAAAGCAUUUCUCCUGUUGAUUUGGAUUAUAAUCCUCUUGAUGUAUUAAAUGGUUUUUUAGAACGUGAAAAUCAAAAUAAUAGUCAAUAA